AUGGAACGCAAAGCUUGUAUUGCUCGAAGUGACCUAGAGCACAUGUUAAACGACGAAGACGCCGAACCCAAGGCCUUGCCACUAUCUCUUUUGGAGGACAUCACAAGUGAUUUUUCUCAUGACCAAGAGAUUGGAAGUGGUGGAUUUGCAGUGGUUUAUAAGGGAAUACUUGGCAAUAGGGCAGUCGCCGUCAAGAGGUUGUCUAAUGCUCAUUUGCAUGAAAAAGAAUUUCACCGAGAGGUUGAAUGCUUGAUGCGGGUAAAGCACGAAAAUGUAGUAAGGUUUCUUGGAUAUUGUGCUGACACACAAGGAAGUAUGCAAAGAUACAAUGAAAAAUUAGUCAUGGCAGAUAUACAACAAAGAUUGCUUUGCUUCGAGUAUAUACCUAAAGGGAGUCUCGAUAAAUAUAUCGCUGAUGCACAUCGUGAGUGGGGUACAUGCUAUAAAAUAAUCAAAGGGAUUUGUGAAGGUCUGCAGUACCUUCAUGAGAAUCUUAUUGUUCACUUGGAUUUAAAACCCGCCAAUAUACUGCUCGACAAUAACAUGUCACCUAAAAUUGCUGAUUUUGGCUUGUCGAGAUGCUUCAAUGAAAAUGAAAGUCGAGAUAUUACCAAAACUAUAUUGGGAACACUAGGAUACUUGGCACCAGAAGUUCGCCAAGGGGGUGAAAUCGUAUACAGCGCUGACUUAUAUAGUCUUGGAGUUAUUAUAAUAGAAAUACUCACCGGACAGAAGGGGUAUCAAUCUCCUCACGAUGUACUUCAAAGCUGGAGUGAUAGGUUGGAGAUAUCACAACGAGACACACUAUGCGAACAAAUACAAGCAUGCUACGAGAUAGCUUUAGAGUGUACAGCGUUCAAUCCAAAUAAGAGACCAGCUAGUUCACGAGAUAUUAUUAACAGGCUUCACCAAGUGGAAAGUAUUCAGACGGCGGAAGCUGCAUCUUGUACCUUAGGGAGAAAGAGGAACAACAAUGACCCUAGAGCGUUCCGGUUUCUCGUACCAGGCCCUAUGACUGUGAGAGAUACGCUUCCGCUGGGGGGCGAGACGGUCGGCCAUGCAACAGCGCCUGCGAUGGCCGAAGUGGCCUUCCACAAGGCAUGGCCCUUGGAAGAUCACUCCCUUUCCCAGGAGGGGCUCACCAAUGACACGCGCUACAAAGUGUACUACUCCCCCAAGCUCGUGUACGUCAUGGUCGUGGUCCUUUCAGUUCGAGACCUCGUGCCCACCGAGGAGAGCCGGCGCCGCUCCCUCGUGCCCACCAUCAGCACUAAGUUAGAGAUGGGCAAUCAGAUCAGGCGGACGGAGCAGAGGCAGCUGCAGGGGUCGGCGAUCCCAGCGUGGAACCUCAAGUUCUUUUUCGUGGCCAGCGAGCCGUCAGAUGACCCGCUGCCGCUGGUAGUCACCGUGGAGGAGCAUGUGUCCUUUGGCCACGACGAGCCUAUCGGUCACGUGGUCAUCCCCGUGGAGUCCCUGCCCCGCAGUGACCUGUCCAAGUCGGUGCGCCCCCAGUGGUUCACCCUGUGGCGAGGGACGACGGUGGACGAGGUCGCCGGCGGGAUCCGUCUGCGGCUGACCAUUGAGACGGGGUACCACGUGCUCAAUGAACUGACGGACUAUAGCAGCGACUUGCUGCCGGCUGCGAAGAAGCUCCGCAAGAGCGCCAUUGGCGUCCUGGAGGUGGAAAUACUUGGCGCGCAUGACCUGCCUGGCAUGAAGAACCUGUACGUGGUCGCCAAGUACGGCAGGAAGUGGGUCCGCACGCGCACAAUGUUUGCCACGGCGGCGCCGCAGUGGAACGAGAAGUACACCUGGGACGUGUUCGACGUCAGCACCGUCAUCACCAUCGCGGUCUUUGAUGACACCAACGGCGAGUCUAGGCACCAGAGGAUCGGCAAGGUGCGCAUCCGCCUCGCCACCCUCGAGAGUGACCGCGUGUACACGCACUACUACCGGCUCUUGGCGCUGAGGCUGAGCCCCCCAGGGCUGCAGGCGACGGGGGAGCUCCACCUUGCCGCCCGCUUCACCUGCAAGUCCUGGGCCAAAAUGCUGGCCAUGUACGCCAAACCGCUGCUCCCCAAGAUGCACUACACGGCCGCCAUCUUCAUGCAGGAACAAAACCACCUCAUGUUCCAGGCGAUGAAGAUGGUGGCCUUGCGGCUUGCCAGGGCCGACCCGCCACUGCAGAUGGAGGUGGCGGAGUAUGUGCUCGAUGUCGAAUCCUACAUGUUCAGCCUGCGCCGGAGCAAAGCCCACGCCCGCAGGAUCACCACGCUCUUAUCCGAUGUGGUCGCGGUUGGGAAGUGGUUCGACGACAUCUGCAGGUGGAAGAAACCAUUAAAGACGAUUCUGGUGCACGUGGUAUUCCUGAAGCUGGUGUGCCACCCGGAGCUGAUCCUACCCACCGUGUUCCUCUGCAUGACCAUGAUCGGGGCAUGGAACUACCGGCAGCGGCCGCGGGAACCAUCGCACAUAGACACGGUGUUGUCGCGCGCGGAGCUUGAUCUGGCAUACACCGACGAGCUUGAUGAGGAAUUCGACACAUUCCCAACCUCCAAGCCGGCGGAUGUUGUGCAGGCGAGGUAUGAUCGACUGAGGGGGAUCGCCGGCACGGUGCAGAUGGUGCUCGGCGACCUGGCUGGGCAGGGGGAGCGCGUACAGUCCUUGUUUAGCUGGCACGAUCCCAGGUUGACGCCCGUCUUCACUGCGCUUUCGCUGGUGACGGCCGUCAUACUCUACUUGACUCCGUUUCGGGUGGUGACCUUGGUGACGGGGCUAUACUUCUUAUUGCCCCCGUGGUUCCGGAGCAGAACCAAACUGCUGCUCUUCAACUUCGUCACGCGUCUUCCUUGCAAGGACGACGUGAUGCUAUAUACGUAGUUGUGUACAUAGCCUUUGUUCCUUUUUUUCUUUCUUAUCUUCGUUUUGGUUAGGCACUUAUUUUAUGUACAAAUUUCAUAAUUCCGUAUAAAAGCACUAGUCCCCUCCGCUUCUUUCUUUCGACCA